CUUCGUGCAGUCAGGCGCCACCCUUCUUCUGACUGGAGAGCCUUUCCUUCUUGGCUCGAAUGUCAGCCAAUUGGUAGUCGAGCCUUUCUCUCCAUCUGCAUAGCAGACGCAGUCUCAGCCGGUGGGCGAUGUCGCAGCUUUCGCAACAGAACGAAGGACCCUCCGAUGCCCAGACGACGCAACUCCAGUUCUUUCCUCAAGACAGCCCCACUGGAGGGCGUAAUCAGGUCUACUACUCACCAAACAACUCAUCUCCAACAGCACCAGAUACUGGAAGGAGGUCUCAGCGCAAGGCUGCUCCCAGUCCUCUCCAAACUAGUACCACAGCUACAUCUCCACUGAGCAGUGUCACUCCUACCAGAACCACCUUUCCACGAAGUGGUGUCGAUCACACUUCGCCGUCGUCGAGCUCAGUUCAUCAGAGCCCUCAGCAACCUCGAUCUCCCACGGAGCGUCUAGACGACCUGCUAGCCUCCGAAAAGAGCUUUUAUACAUCGGAAACCUCAUCUGUAGACUCGCUACCAGAGGCAAAUCCACCAAGAUACGCUCGUCCUGUCAACGAAACGAAUGAGGCCACACGAAGUGUAUCCGAUCCUGUCCUAACCUCUAAGCCGCCAGGAGGCUUCUCUACUGGCACGCGACCAACAAUGGCGGCCAACAAUCCAGCACAUAGGGCGGAAAUGGGUCGAGCACCUCCUCGAACAUCCUCGAUCGAUUCUGCCAUUUCCUCACUGUCAGGCCAUGGACACUCGAAGAGCGGUUCGCAAGACAUGAAGUCAGACGGUUCAGCAGAUAUCGCGAGUCUCAUUAGGGCAGCAGGAAGUCCUGAGGCCCUCAUACAACACUUGCUGGAAAAUAAACAGUCAAUUUCGGCACAGAAUGCCCAACUAUGGCGUUUGGUAGACAAGCAGAGAGCAAUGAUUUUGGGUCUGAACAAGGAUCUUGAUCGAGCAGUAAAGGACAGGGAGCGUUAUCGAAAGAAGUUUAAGGAGUUGGCGGCACAGCAGAUCUCUAAUCCUUCGCCAGUGGACUCAAACCCGGGAGUGCCUUCUGAAGCAGGAUCAACAACUUCAUCAGACACUCGGAUUGUAGAAGUCUCGAAACCUACAGGUAUGGAAGCAUUGGUCUCUGCUGGCUUGAGAGAUCCAGAACAAGAUCAUCCUCACUCGCCGAUUGAUGUCGCACUGGCUCCUUAUCCUAUCACUCCUCCCGCAAUGCAGCUCCAAGCGCCCAGUCUUAACAAUAUGGUUGAAGCAGAGCACAAGAUGCCAUCUCCUACGCAGCAUGCUUUCCAGCAAUACAACCCGGAUGCACCGCAAGCAGGAUUUGAGGCCGGUCAGCAGCAGCGAAAGGCAGUUGACGUUGCGAGGGAAGUGCCAUAUAACGCGACUCUGCCACCAUCACGAAGCCUUCCCUCGGAUCCACCGAAAGGACCGCCACCCAACGUACCACCUCCAAGAGCACCAAUGUCGAGUCAAACACCUUCUGUGGCCAUCAUUGGGGCGACUCCCAACCCUGAUGAAGGCAUAAAAUCAUUCCCUACACCACCUCGAAAAGCUCCACCGGCGCCUUUAAAUUUGGGAAAGAAGAACGCAAGCUCACAUUUGCGCCAGACUUCUGGUGCAGGAGAAGAGACAGACUCCGAUUAUGAUGAUAUAUUGGAAGUUGAUGAACUGCCAGCAUUUACGGAACGUGGCCGACGAAAGACAAGAGAAGAGGACGAUAAAGAACGAGAAAUCGCGGCUAUGAAGGAUGCGGAAAUUCGAAGUUUGUCCAAGAAGAGUGCGAAGGGGUCAAAAUCUCGGCCAACGACACCCAAGGAGUCAAAAUUUUCCGUGAAAGCAGAUCCAAUGCCAUUAAGUCCAAGGACCAUUCCUAUAUCUCCACCAGAUGCUCAUCUACGCCAUUUCUCUGGUUCUGAAUCCAAUUCAGGCUCGUUGGCUGGUGUGCUCAGCGAGGCUUCGGGACUGACGUCUGUAUCCCCGCCUCUGAUGAGUCCAGGUUUGCCCAUGAGUCCCAGACCGAUGGACCGACCCCCAGGAUCUCCACUACCCCGUGGAUCAAAUCACUCUUCUGUCCAUUCGCCACCAAUGUCACCCCGAAUGGGCGGUUUCCCAGGAGCUGUACCUCUGUCCCCACGUGCUCCUCGUCAGCCUAUACCCCUCCCACCGAAUACACCAAUGUCAAUUUCAUCGCCGGGUGCGCCUAAAGGUGAACCUUUACAGCUGGUCUCACCGAAGCCUCUGAUCAUCGCAAAGAAGACAAGUGAUAACGUAGAUUCGAGUCCCAAGGAUGACACCUCUCCAGUCACUAUCACACCUUCAAUUAAGAGCGGAGUAUAUAAAGGCCUAAUCACCGAGGAAUAUCCGGAUCUAUUACUUCCGCCAAACGCUCUCCCAUCGAUAGAUGUCAGAGUGGCAUCUUCUCGCCUGAAGCCUUCUAGAGCUAGUAUCAUGUUUCCUAAGAAUUUCGAAGAGGAUCCUGUCUUUACGUUGGCUGUGUUCGCAAGAUCUGACGGCAAAGAGUUGUGGAGAGUUGAGAAGGAUUCUGCUUCGCUCGCCAACUUGGACCAAGUACUGAAGCAAUCUCCAAACUUCACUGCCAAGACUCCAGAACGAUCGUUGUUCAGUGGCCAUGCACCUGCUAAGGUUGAUGCUAGACGAGCAGCUCUGGACAAAUAUCUUGAUGAAAUGUUGAAUACGCAAAUGGACAUGAACUCCGCUUUGGAGAUUUGUCGAUAUCUCUCAACUAACACCAUGGAGCCAUAUGCGGAAGACGUUCCUAGUCGUGACUCGGGUUCCGAAAGCCCAGUCAAGACUGGUCCAGGUGGAAGACCAUUGAAGAAUGGAUAUUUGACUAAGAGAGGCAAGAACUUCGGUGGCUGGAAGGCACGAUACUUCGUCCUGGACGGACCUGUCUUCAAGUACUAUGAUGCUCCUGGUGGACCAAAUCUCGGUGCAAUCAAGUUGCAACAUGCUCAGAUUGGAAAGCAACAACAACAGUCUGACAACUCGUCUCCUUCACGUGGCGAAGAUGAUGUUGACAACCAAUACCGCCACGCUUUCCUGAUUUUGGAGCCGAAGCGGAAAGAUUCAUCGAGCCUUGUUCGCCAUGUUCUGUGUGCUGAGAGCGAUCAGGAGCGUGAUGAUUGGGUGGCUGCUCUGCUUUUAUAUGUUGACAUCAAGGACGAGGAGGAUGAGGAAGCUCCCGUUCAACAUGAUCGCACCAACUCUGCUGCAUCUGGAAAUGUCAAUGGCUCUAAGUCCAAGAAGAAGAUAUAUGCUGCGUCAACACGCAAUCAACCUACACCUGAUCCAGCCGAUGAUGGUCUUAGAGGCGUUAGCUACGAAAACACAAAGGCAGGCAAUGUACCAGUCGGUGUCCGUAAGAACUCUAGCACGCCAUCACCACCCACAUAUGGUUAUGAACGAGAUCCUCUGGCUCAAUUGCCUCAAUCCAAGAACAUCUCAGCACCAAAGAAUGCGCAGGUCAUUCAAGAUUCAUCAUCAUGGGGAAACAGACAGAACAUGCUAGCUCCAGCGGGACAAGACGAACGAAUCAAGCAGAAGAAACGCAGCUUCUUCGGAUUUGGUCCAAAGCCUCGGGCAUCUGCUGACAUGCAAGAACCGUCACCGAACGACUCAAAUACUAAUCUGUCGCAGCUGGCAUAUGAACAGCAUGGACCGAUCAGACCUGCAUUCGGAGCGCCUUUGGGAGAAGCUGUGAGAUACAACCAUCCAGUCAACGUAGACAUCGAGCUUCCUGCUGUUGUCUACCGAUGUAUUGAAUAUCUCGAUGCAAAGAACGCGGCCGCUGAAGAGGGAAUUUUCAGGUUGAGUGGUUCAAGUGUCGUGAUCAAAGCACUCAAGGAACGCUUCAACAACGAGGGAGACAUUAACCUGGUUACUGAUGAGCAAUACUACGAUAUUCACGCCGUUGCCUCACUCUUGAAGCAAUAUCUCAGAGAAUUGCCACAGACAAUCUUGACAAGAGAGCUCCACCUCGAAUUUGUUGCUGUCACUGAACUCAACGAUAUGGAUGAGAAGAUCCGAGCCUUGAACGGACUUGUUCACAGACUCCCACGAGUCAAUAAUGCCCUCCUCAGAUAUCUCUCAGGCUUCCUGAUCAAUAUUAUCAAUCACUCGGAUCGAAACAAGAUGACUGUUCGAAAUGUUGGCAUCGUCUUCUCGCCAACCCUCAACAUUCCGCAACCCGUCUUCGCUUUGUUCUUGCAGAAAUAUGAUGAUAUAUUCGAUCAAGAGCCGGACGAGCACGGGCCGGGAGUCGAAGUCACCGUGACAGCCCCCCCACUGACACCUGAGGAUAUCCGAUCUCCCAGACGCCAGAAGUUCCAGGAUCUUCCGACCCCAUCGUAUGAUCAACAAUCAUUCCAACAAGCACAUCCAUUCCCAAUGCCUCAACAUUAUCACCAGCGGCCACAGUAUGAUACUGGUUUCACCCCACUCCAGCCUGCGUAUGAGCAAAAGCUUCAAGCUCCCACCAUGGCGGGUCCAGAGUAUGGUAGAUCAGCUCCAACUUUAGCCGGCCCAUCGUACGAACAGUUUGGAGGAAGUCAAACUCAAAGACAAUAUGGUGCGGAGAGUAGCAGUGGUAAUAAGACCAAGAGACGUGAAAGUAGCAUGUUCGGUAUGAACAUAGGCUUGGGUCCACGCAAACCUAGUAACAAUCGGCUCAAUGAUGGCCGUAAGCACCCCUUUUCUCUUUCUAAUAUUUCCUUUCCUACAAUAUAUAAUUCUAACAGAUGACCUCAGGUCUCGUUGACGAGGAAUCUUUCUUCGAUUAAAAUACCCCACGAAGCUUGAUACGAACGAUGAUAGAAGUGGAGAUCUUUC